UAAAAAAGUAAACGAGGGACUUGACAGAGGCCGAUGUGCAAAGCCUCUCUUUUGUUUGCAUGAAACUCCACGUGAGAAGGCUUACGUAAAAUCGUUUUUGACCAAUCAGCUCCUGCUUACUAGAACCGGAAGUUGUACGCCAUUGGCAUUUUCCUUAAAGCAAGACUUGACCAGCGUUUUUAUAGGCUACAAAACAAACCGUAUAUUACCGUUUUUAAAUUUCGAAGUGUACCUGUCGUUAAAUUGGCAAGAUGAAACACAACUCGAAUGUCCCAGCUUUCCUCACUAAAUUGUGGACGUUGGUCGAGGACACAGACACCAAUGAAUUUAUUUGCUGGAGUCAGGAGGGCAACAGCUUUCUAGUUUUGGACGAGCAGCGCUUCGCCAAGGAGAUACUCCCCAAGUUUUUCAAGCACAAUAACAUGGCCAGUUUCAUCAGGCAGCUCAACAUGUAUGGAUUCCGUAAGGUGAUGCACAUUGAUACAGGCAUUGUGAAACAGGAGAGAGACGGUCCAGUGGAAUUUCAGCACCCCUACUUCAGACAAGGACAAGAUGAUCUGUUGGAGAACAUCAAGAGGAAGGUUUCUAAUGCUCGACCAGAGGACAACAAGAUUCGACAGGAAGACCUGACCAAGAUUUUGGCAAGUGUUCAAAGUGUUCACAGCAAACAGGAGAACAUCGAUGCCCGGUUGGCAACACUCAAGAGGUGAGUGUAGGGCUUUAAACCAACAGAUGCAAACCAACACAUCUGGAGAAUGUUCAUGUCAGGCUUGAAUUUUUCAUACUGCUCUUUUUUUCAGUUGAUCCAUUUUAUUGUUACAUUGGUGCAGAACAACCGCAUCCUGAAUUUAAAACGUAAAAGGCCCAUUCUUAUGAAUGGCAAUGGGAAGAAGCCCAAAUUCAUUCACCAGAUCUAUGAUGACAAAGUGUGUGUUGAACAGUCCUCUGUCAGUAGUAUCAAUGGCGUAAAGGGUUCCGAGCUGUCUGAUGAUGUCAUUAUCUGUGACUUGACUGAGAAUGAUGGAGAGGUAACGUCGGAGAUCACAGAGGAGUCACAAGCCUACGAGCAAGGCGAUGUCGAAAUUGUGGAAGUAGAGCUUGAGACCUGUCCAGUGCUUCCAGCUGAAACAGAGGUGUGCACCACCAUUACAGAAGGCCUCAAACACACUGAAGCUGUGUCGGCAGCCGCAGCUGAUGACAGUCAGAGGAGCAGCACUCUAGACAGCAGUGGAACAACUAGUAGUGCCCUACGGCUUAAUAAACCCUCAGUGCUGAGUCUUGAGGACCCCGUGAAAAUGAUGGAUUCCAUCUUGAAUGAGAAUGGAGCAGCAAUAUCACAGAACAUCAACCUGUUGGGGAAGGUGGAACUCAUGGACUAUCUGGAUAGUAUUGACUGCAGUCUAGAGGACUUUCAGGCCAUGCUUUAUGGAAAACAGUGUGGCAUUGAUUUUGAUACUCAAGAGGAGAAUGUGCCCUCCAAAGGGAGCACAGCAGAGGUGAGCAAAGGGAGGAGUGAGGAAGAUAACACAGAUAAGCAGCUGAUCCAGUACACCACCUGCCCUCUGUUGGCUUUCCUCGAUGGCUGUAUUCCUCCUCCAGACCUGGAUCUAGCCAUAGACGGCAGCAGCACAGGCUCCUCAAGCACCCAACAUGAGCCUUCUUCCAGCUCUGUUGCUUCUGUAGAUACUGAGAAGUUAUCAGAGAUACUGGACACC